UCUCACCCUCCUUUGGAAUCUAGCCUUUUCUUUUCGAUUGGUGGCCAACCCACCUCAUCUCCUUGUCCUUUCCUCGGCCCAACCUUCCGAAAUCAUCUCCGGCGCCUGUCGCCGGCGAGGUCGAGGAACUGAUGAGUGCGAGUGGCGUGACUCUGAUGUGGCAAUGUUGCUAGCGACGGAGCCCUAGAACGAUCAAUCUAAGCCGAGAAGCCGUUGACCACAGGAUAAAACUGCAGAGAAAAUUGCAGCGCUGUGGUGAUGAUGUGGAUUCGACGGUGAGAAUGUUGCAGGAAUAUGAGUCAAGAGGCGGCGAGGGGAAGAUGAAAGGAAGAAGGGCAUUUUCGUCAUUCAAAAUUUACAUAUAACUUUGCAAUAAAAAUUUGCGCAAGGAUAGCAAGUGUUUAAGAUGAGCUUUCCGGACAUUGUGGACUUGUGUAGUGAUGAUGAGCAUGUGGAAGUUGAUGUCAAACCAGUUAAAUUGGAGCCUAAUAUCAUUGAGAGAGAAAUACAACUAUUUAAGUGCCAUGAAAUCCUACAAGCUCAAUAUCAAUUGUCUAAAACCCAUUGUAGAACACAGGAGUCUGAAGAAAAUAGAGAUUCAAAUGCUUUAAGUACUGCUCAAAGUAGCACUAGUAUAUUGGAUCAAGGGCAAUCUCCAAUGGAUGAUACGAGCCUUUCUUCUACAUCACCUAUAUGUCCUGCACCACUAUGUCGUCAAUUUUGGAAAGCUGGGAACUAUGAUGAUGAGCUUGGUUCUAAGGUUACACUCCAAAAUGGUAAAAAUUAUUUACAUGUGCACCCCAUGUUCCUUCAUUCAAAUGCCACUUCACAUAAGUGGGCUUUUGGUGCCAUUGCAGAGCUUCUAGACAAUGCAGUUGAUGAGAUUCAAAAUGGGGCCACCUUUGUAAUUGUAGAUAAAACCUCAAAUCCAAGAGAUGGAAGUCCAGCAUUGUUAAUUCAAGAUGACGGUGGUGGAAUGGGCCCAGAAGCAAUGCGGUGCUGUAUGAGUUUUGGAUUCUCAGAUAAGAAAUCAAAAUCGGCAAUUGGACAAUAUGGAAAUGGCUUCAAGACCAGCUCUAUGAGACUUGGAGCAGAUGUUAUUGUCUUCAGCCGCCACCUGGACAAUGGGAAGUUGACUCAAAGCGCUGGUCUCCUUUCUUAUUCAUUUCUCAGACAAACAGGCCAUGACAGAAUAGUAGUACCUAUGGUGGAUUAUGAGUUUAACACAUCAACUAGCAAUAUGGAACCCUUGCAUCGAUAUGGUAAAAAACAUUUCACGUCUAAUCUCUCCAUUCUUUUGCGGUGGUCUCCAUAUUCAACAGAGCAAGAGCUUCUAAAGCAAUUUGAUGACAUUGGGUAUCAUGGCACAAAAGUUGUCAUCUACAAUUUAUGGUUCAGUGAUGAUGGGAAUGUGGAGCUGGAUUUUGAUUCAGAUCCUGAGGAUAUACGUAUAGGUGGGGAUAUCAAACAGGUUACAACAAUUCCUGCUUGGAAAACAAUAAAUGAACAGCACAUUGCCAACCGAUUCCAUAUUUCCCUCCGUGUAUACUUGUCCAUCUUGUACUUGCGAAUACCUCAAAAUUUCAAUAUAAUAUUGCGUGGGAAAGUUGUUGAGCAUCAUAAUAUCGCCAAUGAUCUCAAAUUUCCAGAAUUCAUCUUGUACAGACCUCAAACUGGUGGACUUGUGGAGGGUACAGUUGUAACUACCAUAGGGUUUCUUAAAGAAGCUCCACAAGUGAAUAUCCAUGGCUUCAAUGUCUACCAUAAGAACCGUCUAAUACUGCCAUUUUGGCAGGUUGUAAACUACUCAGACAGUAGAGGCAGAGGAGUUGUUGGUGUUCUGGAAGCAAACUUUAUUGAGCCAAUUCACAAUAAACAAGAUUUUGAAAGAACUUCACUUUUUCAAAAACUUGAAGGCCGCUUGAAGGAAAUGACAUGGGAAUACUGGGAUUAUCACUGUGGACUAAUUGGGUAUCAGGUUAAGAAAAAGCCUCGAACACUUGUAUCUCCGCAUAUUUCUUCUCAUGGUUCACCACAUAUUGCUAUGGAAAAGCCAAUUGGGUUGAAUCAGAGUUCCCCUGCUAUUGGUAAUAUAAAAGCAACACCUCCAGGUGGAGCCUUCCAACAUCCAGCAGCUACUGCUUCCCAUUGUUUAGCUGGAAGACCAGGCGAACCAAUAACUGAUUCUCAAAGCAGAUCCCAACAAGGAGCAUCUCUGAAGAGGACAGAGCAUGACCAUCCUGUAGAACCUGAAAAGAAAAAGCACGCUGGGAUAAAGGAAAUUGUAACUGACACUCACAGUCAGGAAACACAGCCUGUUGAUAUUUUUGCAAAUCAUUCAAAAGACCAAGAGGCCAUGACCUUGAUGCAAGAAAACAAGAAGCUCCAUGCACAAUGCUUGGAAUAUGAGAAGAGGGAGAAAGAACUUAGUGUCAAGAUGAUACAGCUCCGAAAUGAACUAAGAGAGGUUCACAAUGAGCAGGCCCGGUUGUUGGCUGAAUUGCAACAUUUAGACGCAAUCAAGGAUGAAAAAUGAUGUAAAUACAUAGGUGUUUGUUGUUAAUUUUUUUUUCAUCUGCAAAAAAAUGUUUUUUUUUUUAGCCCUGUGCACCAUAAAGUUCUUGACCUUGGGAGGGUUGGGAGCCCAUGUGCACUGUAAAGUUCUUAAUCCUUGUAGGGGGUUUAGGAGUAUGAGGUCAUUGUGACUGAAAAUCAGGAAAAAUGGAAAAAAAAAAAAAUUAAUGAAAUGAAGUUGUUAGAAGCCUUUGUUUUUUUUCACUUUUACUUCCUGUAGAUUCCAAAGAGGACUUGAACACUAAGCGAGGUCUGCUUCCAUGUAUUAUGUAGAAUUCAAGUAGUUGGAGUUGCAGGUUGACUUGAGUAAUUCAUCCAUCUUAAUGACUGGUUGGGCGGGCAUACCCGGUGAUGAAGUGGCAUGCUGUGGUAGUCCAUCCCCUGUUUUCCCUCCAUUAGAAGACGGAUGCAUCACCAUCAUAUAGAAGACCAUUACCAGCAUCAGUCUUGCUGAAUUGGCUCUAUGAAGCUCAGGGGAUGCUGCAUCAAUCCUGUGAAAGAAGUUGGUUUUUGCUGAUUUUGCAUCUUUUUGGGCCUUUGAUAUCCUGGUUUUGCCAUGUUUUUGCUUUUUCAAACUCCAUAAGGCUGUUUUUUCAUUUUGUUUACAGGGAAACCCCAACCAACAAUUGUAAAUGUCACAUUCACCUUUUUGUUCAAGGAUAUGCAGAAAAGGCAUAUUUAUUUUA